UCGCAAGUGUACGAAACCCGAUGUCAAGAUGGGAUCCAAAACCGAUGGAGAUGAUAUCCCUCGAUACAAUGGUCCAGACUCCUCGCCUAUGCUCAACCCAACUGGUGGAGAAGCACGAGGUGUUCACAUUGCAAGAGAUGGGGACGGUGUCACGGGAGGCGAGCAAGGAGAUGAUGGCGACGACGACGAAGAUGCCGACGUGACUGGUUUCUCACCACCAGCAACUUCGGCAUCAACCACCAUCCCUCCCAAAAGGAAGCGGCAGAAGCACAAGAAGAAGAAGACCAUUUCAGCGCCCAAGCAGUCAUCGCCUCCAAGAGUGCCGGUCUCUGAACUGUUUCCACAAGCCAACUACACAACUGGGGAACUGCAAGAAUAUGACUCUGUGCACACGGCCACGGCUCGGACGACGGCUGAAGAGCUUCGUUAUAACGACCGCCAGGUCGUCCAAGGAAGUACUUUCCUAAGCGACUACCGACAAGCAGCAGAAGUGCAUCGCCAGGUACGAUACUGGGUUCAACAGAAUGUCAAACCUGGGCAAACACUGAUGGACAUUGCUAUGGGUAUCGACGAUGGCGUCCGGGCGCUACUCGGUAACGCUGGGCUCGAACCUGGAGACAGUCUCAAGGCCGGAAUGGGUUUUCCCACAGGUCUUUCACUCAAUCAUGGCGUCGCUCAUUAUACACCCAAUCCAGGUCAAAGGGAUAUUGUUUUGCAGCAGAGUGACGUGAUGAAGGUGGACUUCGGCGUUCAUAUCAAUGGUUGGAUUAUCGAUAGCGCCUUCACCAUGGCUUUUGACCCUAUGUACGACAAUCUUUUGGCCGCUGCUAAAGACGCGACCAACGCCGGCAUACAGACUGCUGGUAUUGAUGUCCGCAUCUGCGACGUCAGUGCUGCAAUUCAAGAGGCCAUGGAAAGUUAUGAGGUUGACAUCCGCGGUGAAACAUUCCCUGUCAAGGCUGUAAGGAGUCUAUGCGCCCACGACAUCAAACAUUACCGCAUUCAUGGCGGGAAGUCGAUACCAUUUGUCAAGAAUGCAGACCAGACCAAGAUGGAAGAAGGCGAAGUAUUCGCCAUUGAGACGUUUGGAACUACCGGACGUGGAGUUCUAGUUGACGAUGAGGGAAUUUAUGGCUAUGGCUUGAGUCAUGACGCUCCAAAGCAGGUGACAUUGCCUCUUGUCUCCGCCAACCGUCUGUACAAGACCAUCAAGAAGAACUUUGGAACCCUUGUUUUCUGCCACCGCUAUCUUGCUCGUCUUGGCCUUGAAAGGUACCUGGCAGGCUUGAAUUGCCUGGAACGCAAUGGGAUAGUCGAGUCUUAUCAACCCCUCGCAGAUGUCAAAGGAUCCUACUCGGCCCAGUUCGAACAUACAAUCCUGCUCCGAGAGUCGUGCAAGGAGGUGCUCAGUCGAGGUACCGACUAUUAGGACCAACCCCUUCAACUCUGUAGGCAGAGCUCCAGUACGCGUGCAUAGCUUCAACACGACUGCAUGCGUUGGUCGCGAUUGAUCGCAUCAUUUCAACACAAUUGAUGGCGUCAAACAAGAAUGCAUGGUUUCAACACGACUGCAUUACUUUGAGACGAUUGCAUUGCUUUCAACAGCAAUGCGUUCCCUUCAACACUAGUACAGUAUUGCUUUCAGUAUGAUCGACUUCGAGCUUCGUUAUCGAGUCAAAUUCAAUUAUGCCUUGAUCUUCACGUAAUCUUCUUAGACAUGCGAAUUCUACAUGCUUCGAAACAGGAUACCAUCGAGUGGGUAGACCUAA